GCACCGCAGUGGCCAGCAAGGCCAAAUAAGCUUGUGAACCUUAAUACUAACUAUUACUUCAUGUUUGAUCUUCCGAUAAGAGGCCUUUACUUUCCUCUGAGUACUCGAACUGUGCUACUGUUACUGAAUUUUUACCACAUGCUUAUUGUUCCAGGCUCGUCGCCCCUGGUGGUCUUCUGUCGCUCUUUAUCCGUUUUGUACGGUCUAAUAUAGUCAUGAGGUCUUUUUUUUUAAAUGCUACCUCAGUUGUUUUUUUUUUUUUUUUUUGAUUAUCUUCUUCUUCUUUCCCUCGGUUGGAAAGAGGAAGCGAAUGCUUCCGCUCUGUCUGCCCCCCCACUUUUCAUAGGCGUUCAUGGUCGGUCACUGUCUUAUGAAACGGAGCUGCUCAGGCGAUUCAACCUUCCCAGUAUUCAAGGGCUGGCUGCUAGACCUCUAUUGUUCUUUUUUACUAGUUUGCAUUCUUCUCUGGCCUUGAUAUCUCCUAUGAAGUAUUAUAUUGUAUGCAUCUGGCUCGUUCUGAGGGCCAUCUCCUCCGGUUUGUCCAUUCAUUUGACAUGCCCCUAAUUGUAUUCGUCGAGGAAACUUAGCCAGGUAGAUAUUAUAAAUAAAUGAACAAAGGAAGUGUCUGCAAGAA